GAAAGGUCCCCCAAAGCGGGAAGCACUUUUUUAAAAUGGCAUUUUAUAUUACCUCGAAAUUACUCAGCAUCGCUCGCCCGAAAAUCGCCAUAAACCCUAGAAAACCCCCCAAUUCUUGUCUCUGCAAUCUCAUUCCAGCAGCAGCAAUGUCGUGGUCCUGCAAGAAAUGCACCUUCCUCAACCCUCCUUCGCAAAAACCCACUUGCCAGGUUUGCUCGUCGCCGUCUUCUCCGCCCCCGUCAGCGUCGUCAUCGUCAUCCCCGUCGUCGGUCCCGAAAUGGUCGUGCAAAGCUUGCACCUUUCUGAACUCUUACAAGAACGCGAGCUGCGAGAUCUGUGACACGAGGGCUUCGUUGUCGACGAUGUCGAGCUUCGAGGAUCUGAGGGACACGAGCGACGGCCUGGACUCUUCGGUGGGGUCUGUGUUCUUCCCGUUGCGGCGCUGCAAGAGGAAGAUGGGUGAUCAAGUUGCUGGCGUUGGCGAGGAUUGUGUGGAAGUGGGUGGGAUCGACGGUGGAGCUAUGGAUGGGAGUGAGAAAGUUGAUGCGAAAGAGGAUGGCAAGUCACGCCCAGCUUCGGAUUCAUGGAAAAUACUUACUUAUAAUGUUUGGUUUCGGGAGGAUCUGGAAAUGCACAAGAGGACGAAAGCAAUUGGCGAGCUUGUUCAGAUGCACUCUCCACAUGUCAUUUGUUUCCAGGAGGUUACUCCAAAUAUAUAUGACCUUUUUCGGCUGUCAAGUUGGUGGAAAUUAUAUCAUUGCUCUGUUUCUAGUGACGCAGCGAAUCUAAGACCCUACUUCUGCAUGCUGUUAAGUAAACUACCUGUGAGAUCUUUUGCCUGCAAACCUUUUGGGAACUCUGUGAUGGGGAGAGAACUCUGUACAGUCAAGGUUGAAGUUGAAGGAAAGAAGCCGCUAACCAUUGCCACGAGUCAUCUCGAGAGUCCCUGCCCAGCUCCUCCAAAAUGGGAUCAAAUGUACAGCAAGGAACGAGUCGAUCAGGCAAAAGAAGCCAUGGAUGAGCUCGGCAAGCAUCCAAAUGUGAUUUUAGGUGGUGAUAUGAACUGGGAUGACACAUUGGAUGGCCGUUUUCCAUUACAUGAGGAAUGGGUUGAUGCUUGGGAGGAGUUAAGACCCAAUGAAAACGGAUGGACAUACGAUACAAAGUCCAACUCUAUGUUGUCUGCUAACCGCACACUGCAGAAGCGUCUGGAUCGAUUUCUUUGUAAUCUACACGAUUUCAAGAUAACAAGUAUCGACAUGAUUGGGAGGGAGGCAAUUCCUGGUCUGACUUACUGCAAGGAGAAAAAGGUUAGGAAAGAGGUGAAAAAUUUGGUGCUUCCAGUUCUGCCGAGCGAUCAUUUCGGUUUGCUUCUAACCAUUGGCAGCAAGUAAUGUCCCAGGCGCUGAAGUUUUUGAAUUGAUGCUUAUGUCCAAAAGUAUCUUUUUGUGCUUCUCAUGCAUCCAUCUGUAAAUGAAAUCCCGUCAACAAGAUAUAAC